AUGGCAAUCCUAUUUUAUGACGAAUUCACUAUCUUUCUCUACACCCGACAUAAGUUAAUCACGAACGAUUUCGAGUACAUGUUCGAUCUUGGCAAUAUUCAUCGUUCUUUCAGUAAUUGGUCAACAGCUCUUGAUUCGGCCCCUAUAAAAUCCGAUGAGCUGCGUUCUUGCGCCGACUCUAAUAGCCAUGAUUUAAUCACAAUCAACACAAGAAUUCUAAUUCAACCCUCAGAAUAA